GUUACAAGAAUAUUCUUUCUUCCAAAUCCAAACCACAAUGCAUGAGAGAGAACAUCACAAUUAUUUUCUCUCUUAACACAAUUAUCUUCUCUCCCACUCAAAUUAUUUCUCAUUCUUUUUAUUAUUCAUUUUUCAUUAUAUUAUUUUGUGUUUUUCUGUUGGAGCUGCAUUUUCCUUUUCAUUUCUGUUUUUUUAUCUGAUCGAUGAACGCAUUCGUAGAACUUUUCGCAUUAAAUGUUACCCUCUUUCCGAAUUCGGCAAUGGGAUUAGCUUAGGGUUUCGAAAAAAUUCUCUCUCUCUCUAAAGAAUUUUGUUUUUCGAAUGGAACCUCGCGUUGGGAAUAAGUUUCGGCUUGGCCGUAAGAUCGGUAGCGGAUCGUUUGGAGAGAUCUAUUUAGGUACUAAUAUUCAAACUAAUGAAGAGGUUGCAAUUAAGCUUGAAAAUGUCAAGACAAAGCAUCCUCAGUUGCUUUAUGAGUCCAAAUUGUACAGAGUUCUCCAGGGAGGAACUGGAAUUCCGGAUGUUAGAUGGUUCGGAGUGGAGGGAGAUUACAAUGUUCUAGUGAUGGAUCUGCUUGGACCUAGUCUUGAAGAUCUAUUUAACUUCUGCAGUAGAAAGCUCUCACUAAAGACAGUUCUCAUGCUUGCUGAUCAAAUGCUCAACCGCGUUGAGUUUGUUCAUACUAAAUCGUUUCUACAUCGGGAUAUUAAACCAGAUAAUUUCCUCAUGGGCUUGGGAAGGCGGGCAAACCAGGUUUACUGUAUUGAUUUCGGUUUGGCAAAGAAAUACAGAGAUAGUUCAACCCAUCAACACAUUCCUUACAGGGAAAACAAGAAUUUAACUGGGACUGCUAGAUAUGCGAGUAUGAAUACCCACCUUGGCAUUGAGCAAAGUAGAAGAGAUGAUUUGGAGUCUCUUGGUUUUGUCUUGAUGUAUUUCUUGAGAGGAAGUCUCCCUUGGCAAGGACUUAAAGCAGGAACCAAGAAACAGAAGUACGAUAGAAUCAGUGAAAAAAAGGUUUCUACCUCGAUUGAGGCCUUGUGUCGAGGUUAUCCAACAGAAUUUGCAUCAUACUUCCAUUACUGCCGCUCAUUAAGGUUUGAUGAUAGGCCAGAUUAUGCUUACCUCAAAAGAAUAUUUCGAGACCUGUUUAUUCGUGAAGGAUUCCAGUUUGAUUAUGUCUUUGAUUGGACAAUCUUGAAGUAUCAGCAAUCACAGCUAGCUGCUCCUCCAGCACGAGCCAUUGGUCCUAGUGCUGGAACUAGUUCGGCAAUGCCUCCAGCUGCAACUAAUGCUGAUAGACAGACAGGAGAAGAAGGGCGACCUCCUGGUCUGGUUUCAGUGGAUUCCACAAGGCGAAGAAUGUCUGGGCACAUUUCAAAUUCUGUAAAUAUUUCAAAGCAGAAAAAUCCAUUCUCUGCGGAUGCUGCCGUCAGUAAGGAAGCCUUGCCAACUGGAUCAUCAAGACGAGUUGCUGUUUCUAGUAGCCGUGAUGCAUUUGUUGGUACUGAAGCUAACCCCGGAACAGCGCGCAGAAUAGCACCUGCGAGAAAUGCUUCUCAUGUCAAGAAUUAUGAAACUGCAGUCAAGGGCAUUGAAGGUUUGCAAUUAGAAAAUGAUGAAAGGGCCCAUUAUUAAUUCCUCACCUUUUCGUGUUGUAAAUAUAAAUUUGAGUUGACGGGCGCUGCAAUAGUUGCCUGUGUUUACUAAGGUGAGCUGUGAAGGGACGUGGGUAUAACUCAGAAACCUGGGCUUGUGUUGUUUAACCCUUGUGCUCCUACUCAUCAAGUGGAGAAUUAGAAAGAACUUAAGCUAAAUCUGGGAUUGUUCUUGCUUUUAAAGCUUGGGUUUACAUUGACACUUAUCUUCUGGCGGGAACCGUAAAUUUUGUAAUAUUUUCCUGUGAGUUAUUAUUGAUUUUACCAGAUGUUUAAAGUGUCAUGUGGAUCACAUUGUCGAAAACUAUCAAAUACAAACAAAAAUCUGGAUGCA